CCUUCGUUGGCGGAGUCGGGACAGUCCGAGUUAAAUUUAAAACGAACCCUGUCGGGGAGUCGUUUGUAUAUCCGUCAGUUUGCUAACAUUUUAGUGAUUCCAGUCUGCAGAGGUAACAUUAACGAAAGAAUGUCUUCGGAACAGAAAUUUUCAGGUCCAGACUCUGACCAACACAGACGUGUUUCUGUUAAGUCCAAACCUGGAUUUCUGGAGCGUCUGGGUGAGACAGCUGGAGGAACAGUGUUUGGUAUCGGGCUGUUUUUUCUCUCCAUCUAUAUUCUUUUUACCAAUGAGGGCCGAACUCUACAAACAGCUUCUUCUUUGGAUGAGGGUCUCUCUCAGGUUGUAUCGCUGGGGUCUUAUUCCAGCCUGGACCUCCAGAACAAUGACCGUUUAGUUCAUCUGUCUGCACAGCUACGUACUCUAGAGCCCCUUCAUGACCCUAAUUACAGAGUGGUGGUUCAGGCUGUGAAGCUCAGAAGGCAGGUGGAGAUGUAUCAGUGGGUGGAGCACCAUGAGAGCAAGGACUAUGAAGAGGAUGGGGAAACUAAAACUGAGACGACCUACACUUACAACACGGAGUGGAAAUCGGAGCUGGUCAACAGUCGUAAUUUCGAUAAGGAAAUCGGCCACCAGAACCCGAGUGCUAUGCCUGUUGAGAGUGUGACAGUGGUGGCUCAUGAAGUUCAAGUGGGACCUUUCAUUCUGUCCAAAGGCCUGGUGGAGCAGAUCAAUAACUUUCAGACUCUGAGCCUAAGGGAUUACCCAGCCAUUAAUCUGGACCCUUUCCUCUCCAUUCACGAUGAUUACUUCUAUCACACUCAGUUUCCCCUCAGGCCACAGGUUGGGGAUGUCCGUGUGAGGUUCUCAUUCGCUGGACUGAGUGGUGAGAACACUCGUCUUGGCCCACCACUAACUGUCAGUAUUGUAGCCAUGCAACGAGGACAGAAGCUGCUGCCAUUUAAAACAAAGUCUGGAGACUUUCUGGAAAUUAUCUACCUGGAAGAGCUCACUGCAGAGGAAGUUUUUGCCAAGGAGCACCAGUACAACCAAAUGAAGACGUGGGGACUAAGAGCUGCAGGCUGGGCCCUCAUGUUCAUCAGCAUUCAGCUGAGUACACGUAUCCUCUACACACUGGUGGAUUGGGUUCCUCUCCUCAGAGAUCUGGUUUCAGUCGGCCUGAAGAUCUUCGCCCUGUGCCUCUCCUGCUCAGUGUCUCUUCUCGUAAUCGGAAUAGGUUGGCUUUUCUACAGACCGUUGGUGGCAGCUGCUCUAGGAGCCCUCGCCUUGCUCCCAGUGUUUCUGGCCCAUUCUGGUCUCCCACCAAAGAAGAACGAAUGACUAUUGAAGUGAGGUUCUUGCUAUGUUUUGUAACUUGGUUGUAUCUGUACAACAGAAGAGCUCCAAACUGCUCACAUACAGACUUUGUGGUAUUUAGAGAAAUGUCUGCUCCAAAAGAACACCUUAAACACAAAUGAUUGUGUUUCCUUCACUCCCUGAUGUGGCCUCUCAGAAAUGUAUUGAAGAAUAAAAGCACCACAUUGUUUAUAUUUUCAGUGUAAAUAGAACUCUGCAGGAAGGUGUUGUCUCACUUGGUGAUGGAUUUGGUAUUUUGUUUCUGUAAUUCAUGAAAACAUAAAGAGCUUCAAAUAAAUUCUACAGGUUUCCUACUCAUGGCCACAUGUAAUACAAAU